UCGCAUAUCGGAAUUCGCAAGGCAUGCCUACGCUCUCUGUCGUCAAUUUCAACAUUGUUUGCGCUACACUCGGAGGCUUCAUUACGCUCUUUGGCCUGGUGUCGUACCUGCUCAAGGAAAAAUACUACUUGUCUGAGGCUCUAAUUUCUCUGAUCGGAGGUCUUAUUUUUUCGCCUCACGCGGCCAAUCUUAUCCGUCCACUUGAUUAUGCUCAAGGAAAUGCGGAAGACCUCGAGACAAUAACUCUCUAUUUCACUAGGCUGGUGUUGGGUGUACAACUGGUCCUGGCCGGUGUUCAGCUACCUAGCAAAUAUCUCAAGCAAGAAUGGAGACCUUUGUCAUUGCUUUUAGGCCCAGGCAUGUGCGUCAUGUGGAUAGUGACCAGCCUGCUUGUUUGGGCCUUGGUUCCCAAUAUCAACAUCUUGUUCGCACUUGCCAUAGGAGCUUGCGUUACUCCUACUGAUCCCGUGCUGAGCAACAGCAUCGUCAAAGGCAAGUUCGCCGACAAGAAUAUUCCUAGAGAGCUCCAAAGAAUCAUCAUUGCCGAGUCUGGAGCCAAUGAUGGUCUUGGCUACCCUUUCUUGUUCUUGCCAUUGUAUCUGAUCAAAUAUCUCGAUCAUCCUGAACUGACAGGCAAUGGUGCUUCAAAGGCGAUGGGCCUGUGGUUUGGUGAGACAUGGGGCUACACAAUCAUCUUGAGCGUCAUCUAUGGAGCUGUCGUUGGCUAUCUCGCCAAAGAACUACUGCACUGGGCAGAAGAGAAGAAGUACGUGGAUAGAGAAAGCUUCCUUGUCUUUGCCAUCACACUUGCUGUAAGUCUACCUUGUCAUAACUAUCUGCUCAUGGCUGACUUCUACAGCNUCUUCAUUGUUGGAACUGUCGGCAUGAUCGGCUCUGAUGAUGUUCUCGCCUGCUUCAUUGCUGGAAACGUCUUUACCUGGGAUGACUGGUUCCGCUUAGAGACCCUCGAUGACUCUUUACAGCCGACCAUUGAUAUGCUGCUCAAUGUCUCGAUCUUCAUAUGGUUUGGCGCAGUCACACCUUGGUACAAGUUCGCACACAACGAUGUGAUCCCCAUCUAUCGGCUCAUCCCACUAGGAAUAUUGGUCUUGCUUCUUCGUCGACUCCCUAUCGUCUUUGCUAUGCAUAAGAAGAUUCGCCAAAUUGAAGAACCUCGCCAGGCUCUCGUGGUGGGCUUUUUUGGCCCGAUUGGUGUUAGUGCAGUCUUCUAUCUGUACAUCAGCCGCGAGUUUCUCCGCGGCAUCGAGGUGAACGGCGUGGUCAGAGAAGACGCAGAACGCCUGUCCGAAAUCAUGUUGGUAGUAAUUUGGUUUUUGGCAAUUUGCAGUAUUGUAANNAUCGUGCACGGCAUCAGUAUACCUCUUGGAAAACUCGGUUUCUACCUCCCAAGGACCAUAUCGGCCGCAGUCUCGACAGAGCGUCUCCCUCGUAGAUCGUCUGAAGAGCCUAGGUCUAUUGGUGAGGAAACUCUGUCUGGUGGAUCCGCUCUGGCGAGUCGAUUCCGUCGCUACAGAGAAGACACUUCCGGUAGCAGUUCCUCUCUACCCCGAACAUUCUGGCGUCUGGGCAGGAGCAUGGUAUCGGACGUGCACAAAGGCCAUCAGCAGGCCACUGGCUCGAAGGACGCCUCGGAAUCCACAAACGACAUGGCCAACAGGCACAUUUCCGGACCAUCGAACCCGCGCCCGCUUGGUAAAGCCAUCGUGAAAGACAUGAACCGCGAUUCUCCACUUGGUGCUACCCCUACCGCAGGCCGUUCGGGCGCCGUCACUCCCUCCGAAUCACCUGCACCUCUGAACAGGACCAUUCGGUUCCCGGAUGAGAACCCCAGUGUUGCCAACUCUUCU